GCUACAACAUAACAAGAGUAUCACGUCAUAAAAUCUACAUGUUAGCCACCACUCUCUUGUUAUAUAUAGCCCACCACUAUCAGCAUUAUACACCUCCAAGUAUCGGAAUUAUAGCCUGUUUUACGUAACUCUACGAUGCAUACAGCGACGUUUAUACUGUGCACAGCAAUGUGUUAUUCGUUUAUGAAGUCAUUUUCAUACUGUACCAUCGACCCAGAGCUUGAGCAGGAGGAGAAUAUUCCUUUCAAAUUUGCUGCUGAACCAACCCUUCCGGAACUAGUUGUUUUUAAUGUUGAUGAAAUUAUAUGGCCGUAUAAGGUAGACGAAGUUAUGACACCACCUUUAAAAGCAUCAAACAUGAAAUACCAAAUCAAAGACCGGAUGGGAAAAGUGUUCGAGUUAUCUCCUGACGCAGGGCGCAUACUGGAGGAACUGUUCCAUCGAUGGUACAGUGUUGGAGGUUUGGUGCAAAGUACUGAUGUCGGCAAGAUUGAGGAGAUUAUGAAUCUAUUCGAUAUUGACAAGUUUUUCAAAUACUUCGAGGUUUUUCCAAAACUACCCGGAUCAAAAAUAAAACACUUAACCAGAAUAAGUGAACGUGCCAAAGUCCCACUUGAAGACGUCUUGUAUUUUGACUCCAAUAAAGAGGACUUAGAAGAGAUGAGAAAUCUGGGAAUUACAUCAGUUUAUGUGGAUCCCAAGGAGGGCAUUACUUACAAACACGCCACAGAAGGCUUCCGGUUGUACUUCAAGGCGAAGAAUCACACCUUGUCUUACCAUUACGCACUUGCGACCACAGCACAACCAGCGUGAUUUGAGACGAACUGAACCGGAAGUUGUUCAUACCAUCUGUAAUUAUACAUUUUGCAUGUAUGCUAGAAUAUCUUAUUUAUACGUUUUUCAUAAACAUUAUACAGAUCUUUA